GAGACCACCUGCGAACCGAGAAGGGUGUAUUUUUAGAUCCGUUAUUUUGUAUUUCGUUAUCUUAUGGUGAGUUUUCGUUCAGUUGCUACAUUCGUGUUCCCGCGAUUAGACAUUUAUUGUAAAGCGUCGAUUUCCCAAAACCGUCACAUGUGCUUUAGAUGACAGUAUUCCUAUCAAGAUCAGAAUGGUUCUGGAAGCUACAUUCGAUCGGCUACUGAACAAUAUUGUGGAUAAUUGAAUAAAUAGUAGAUCGGUGUUCCAUGGAUUUGAAAGAAAUUAAAAGUUCUAUGCUAUUUCAAUAAGAGUGCGAAGCGAAACAAAAAGGAUUAGUUGUGAUAAAGUGUACGCCGGAAGAUUAACGUUCGGUUGAUUGUGACUUGAUGAUUGAUUGUUGUGUUGAAAAACCGCUAGGAAAUCUGUGCCACUGAGAGAAUAAUACAAGUAAACAAAUCUGAAAUAUCUAACUUCAUCCCCAAACCAAAACCAGUUUCGAAACAGGAUGACAGUUCUAAUCAGCACUUGAGGACAUCACAGCGAAAAUUGCUGCGACAAUUAGAUACAAAAAGUCUCCACCACCAAAACGUCGCAUCUUGACACCUUGGAUGCUGUAUUGGAAAUCAAGUUUUCUUACCGUAGUGUGGUUAUCUUUGACGAGGACCUUCGCAAUCAACUGAAUCAAAAGUAGAAGGCAACAAACACAAAAAAAAAACGUCGAGCAUGACUUGAUUGUAUGGUGGAGACAGUUUUCGAUACACGAUAUUAUAUAAAGAGUGGCAUUUACGUUUGAGCUACUGAAUUAUGAAACAGGUCGAACAGAGGAAGUCAAUUAAAGUGUGAGGGAAGGUGCAGCGAGCAACAGCAAGCAGCGAAUACGAAAGCCAAAACAGGCAGUAAAAAGUUUACUGCUCGGAACGGUCAAAGUGCAAAAGGAUUCUGAAAGUCGGGCAUAAACUGCACGGGAGUUUAGGGCGAAUUUAUUCAGAUAUAUCUUCGAUACUCGCCGAACAAAGCUAGUUGGUUUAAUUUUGGUUAAAUUUUUCGCAUUCCGACCAAAAACAUUCCAAAAUUUAUUCGCCAACGCAUUUUGACGCCGCGAAGGCGUUGAAGUUAGAAGACGAAUUUGCUGGCGGCUGCAUGACGAUGUCGAUGUACCCGUCAGCAGACAAAAUGAAAAUGAGCACCCCCAGCUGCUUUCCUGGCCGAUACAGCCCCACCUACCGGGGACCAGAUCAGAUGCGGCGCUGCAUGACCAAUCCCUCGAGUCGGUUUCUGGAAGACACAUCAAUCAUGUGCAAUUCGUGGUCUCCCAGGCAUAAUGGAGACAUAUUCUCCGGCCUCAACGAUGGAAUCCUCAGUCGAGCAGAGGCACUGGCCGCCGUAGACAUUGGCAAACACCAAAGCAGUCAUGCCCACACGCAGAUGUCACAGCAGCUGAAGCAUGACGUCAUGUAUCACCACAGCAUGGGAGCGCCGCCGCAAAGGCCGCUACAGAGUAAACCAUUUUCGUUCCAGAUGCAUCCUACUAUGGACGGUAUCGAUAUGCUGGAUCCGUCAGGUUCGAUGACCACAUUAACACCGAUGACGGACGCAUCACUUACUUCUACACAUCAUCAGUUGCACGGGUCAUAUCACAGCAUGAACCACAUGAUGGGUCAUCAUCAUAGCGGACCUCUUGGAGGUCAUACACCAGAUGGAUUCCUCGGGGCCCAUCAUCCGGCAAUGGCCGUCGCUGUGGCAACUGCUGGUCUUCAUCCGGACACCGAUACCGAUCCCCGGGAAUUGGAAGCCUUUGCUGAACGGUUCAAGCAGCGGCGGAUAAAAUUAGAAGGUGUAACACAAGCCGAUGUGGGCAAGGCACUGGCCAAUCUGAAACUACCAGGCGUCGGGGCACUGUCCCAAAGCACCAUAUGCCGUUUCGAGAGUCUGACCCUGUCCCACAACAACAUGAUUGCGUUGAAGCCGAUCCUGCAGGCCUGGCUGGAGGAGGCGGAAGCCCAAGCCAAGAACAAGCGAAGAGACCCGGACGCACCCAGCGUCCUGCCAGCUGGCGAAAAGAAAAGCCUUUUUUCAAGAAAAAGGACUUCCAUCGCUGCUCCAGAGAAGCGUUCCCUCGAGGCCUAUUUUGCCGUCCAACCAAGACCAUCCGGUGAGAAGAUAGCGGCCAUCGCGGAGAAGCUGGACCUGAAGAAGAACGUCGUCCGGGUAUGGUUCUGCAACCAGCGCCAGAAGCAAAAGCGUAUGAAAUUCGCGGCCCAGCACUGACCAACCGGGCACCACCAGGGUACAUCUCAGUUUAGCGGUUUAAUGAAUAGCGUAACUACUCUAGGCGGCAACGGAGGCGUUGCCGGAUUCGGAUACUAACACUAAUCAUAAUUCGUGAGAUAUCCGAGGACGAUAUUAGCAAGGGAACCAAUAUUAGUAAUAGGUCUUCAUCUUAAGAGACCAGCUGUGUACAUAACACCGAGCAGAAGAAGGAAUAGUUUGAAUCUAAGUAGAAGCUAGUGAUACCAAAAAGCAAACAAGAAAAAAAUACGAAAUUGUGAUUUCGGAAGUAGAAGCUUGAAAGUGAACAAAAAGAAAACAAUUUAAGCGGAAACCCAUGUACAGUCUGAUUAAGAUUUUUUAUUGUCAAAUUCAAACUAUGAAGUAAGACAAAAGAACUGACAAAAUUCGAGUAUGUGCAAUAUAUAUUAAUUAUUUAGUUCACCGUACACGAAAUAUACCAAGUAACGUGCAUUUGGUACUAAUAUAAAGAAUCUCUAUUUCUUUUGUAAAAGUAGAUGACUUAAGCAAAUUGACUGUAUAUAUCGAAACAAAAGCAAACAAAAAACCCAAAUAUAGGAAAGGAGCACACAAUCGUCGCAGAAGAACACCAAAAGUGCUGCUGAAUGCUACACUAAGUUUGGCACUCAUUUGUGGUGCCAGUGGCGUACAGCGAUGUAAGUCAGGUCGCGCUGCCUCGCGGCACAUGGUGAUCCAGCGCAAUAAAGCUUGCUCCGGUGUGAUGGCGCGGAAAUUGACGUGUAAAAACAACUAUCGAACAACAGAGAGCAAGCGAUCCUUAAUUAAGUAAAAGAAGUGUGCAAGUGAAAAACAACAAUAAAUUGAUUCUGUAGCAAAAACAAGGCAAUAGUGGUAGAGUUACGUAGGACGAAAUCAAUAAAAACAAUGAAA